GGCCUGAAGAUCCCAUCAGAAGUUGAUCAGAGAAGAGUCCGAGGAGAGCAGCAGGUGAUGGGCAGAUGGACACACGCGCUUCAUCAGGAGGUUGUUGGUUGUACACAGUCAGAUUGUCAGUGUAAGAGUUUCCAGCCGGGACGACAUCAGAUCAGGUCAUGUGAUCGCUGUUCUCACGGCUGGGUCACACACGCUGUGAGUAAGUGUGUUGUGUGUUCAGGACAGGUGGAGAUUGUUGAGAGUAAUGUUGUGUUUGACAUCAGCAGUCUGAUUCUGUACGGGACUCAGGCUCUGCCUGUGCGCAUGAAGAUUCUGCUGGACCGUCUCUUCAGCGUUCUCACACACACACACGUUCUCAACAUCACACACACGUUAGGCUGGACGCUGCGCGACUACAUCAGAGGAUACAUGAUACAGGACUGGACAGGGAAGGCUCUGGAUCACUGGACGAUCAUGAGUCCUGAGGACGAGCUCAUCACUUUACAACAGUUUCUGCGCUUUGGUGAAACGAAAUCAAGCGUGGAGCAGAUGAUUGAGGAGCAGCGAGCCUCCGGUGAUGUGUGCAGAGAUCUCCAGACACACAGACACGGCACCACACAUCGCUGUGAGAAUCUGUCAGACGUGUUUCUGCAACCCUUCCUCAGUCCUUCACCUGCUCUCUCCUUACAUCAUCUCACACACGACAAAUCCAGAACUCCAAUCAGAGAUGAAGUCAAACCACCCAUGUCCUGGCGUCUCAGUAAUCAAGGACUGAUGGAGGUAGAUUCAUCCGUCCCAGACUCCUCCUCCUCUUCAGGUGCACGGGAACGCCGUCACGGAUCGUCUAGCAAGAGCCGCGUGAGCUGCAGCGCAUGCGCAAAGACCUUCUAUGAUAAAGGAACUCUGAAGAUCCACUUCAACUCUGUGCACCUGAAGAUCAAACAUCGCUGUACCAUUGAGGGAUGCAACAUGAUGUUCAGCUCACUGCGCAGCCGCAACAGACACAGCGCCAACCCCAACCCGCGGCUGCACACGCCCCUCCCCUCCAACACCCCACUACACACCAGCCGCCCAUCCAGCCCACGGCUGCUCUCCUCUUAUCACGUGACCCGCCCCUCGAAACCACACCUACACACGCCUCAUCACGUGACCCGCCCCUCCAACACCCCACUACACACCAGCCGCUCAUCCAACCCGAGGCUGCUCUCCUCUCAUCACGUGACCCGCCCCUCGAAACCACACCUACACACGCCUCAUCACGUGACCCGCCCCUCCAACCCGCUGCCCAUCACCCAGAACCCCUGCCGCAUGACCACCCCACCCGUUACCAGCAACCCUGGUUGCCACGGAAACUGUGCAGGAGGAGCUACAGCCAGCGAGAGCGGUUUGAACAAUGUGACGGUUGCGAUCCCUAAAAAGAAGCCACGCAAGUCCAGCAUGCCGUUGAAGUUUAAGAGAGAGUGUCGCCAUGACAACCGCCGUGACGAUGAUGAUGAGGACGAGGACAAUUGUGUGAUACCGGUGCCAAAAGAAUCCGUCAACGGUUUCCAUAGUAACACGCAUCACACCGCUAACAGUCUCAUCAGCUGCAGCAUAUCAGAGGAUGAGCGUUACGACACUCAUCAAACACCUCACUACGGUUACCGUAGCAACAGCGGAGCGGAGGAGAGAAACCAGCGGAUCCAGAGAGGAGGACAUGAGAGAUGUCCGUCUGUCCUGUGCCUUAAAGAGGAGAUGUGUGACCCCAUCUAUGACCACAGUCACAAUCUGUGACUGUUUGCCCCGCCCCUGCUUCUCUCUGAACUGUGAACAAAUCACCGGGGCUGCGUCCCAAAUGGCAUACUGUGACUGUACGUACUGACUGUGAAUCAGUGUCUACCUACCGGCCGUCAAAACAGUGCCUUCUUCAUAGUAUGAGAGGGAGUAGUAUGAAUACAUUUGGGACACACUGCGUCCGCGUUGUUUUAUGGUCAUGUGACCCGUAUGCUCUUUGAUGGGGACUCAUUUAUUUUAAAUUUUAGAAAUUCAUUUAUUGGCACUUAAAUUAAAGUUACGCUUAAGGUUUUCCGCUAUAUGUAUUUGAUUUACUUUUGAAAUGUGGCCGUUGCUCAGCUCCCGUGACAUCAUGGGAUAGAGAAGUGUCCAUCCCAUCCACACUCGCCAAUCUCGGCGGAAGCAGAAGACCAUCCGGGUAUUUCUCGCCUACUGUUUUGUUGUUUUACACUUUCUAAAGUGUCCUGCUCCGCUUUUCCUGAAAACAACCUGAAAAAACCUCACGUGUGUCUCAUAGAGUUUCCCAAUCAAGUCUCAAGCCCAGAAAACAGUGAAAUGGUUUUCCUGAAUGACAAGCAUUUCACACACUCUUGGUUGUGUAUGUAGCUUGCUAGUUUGUCAUUUUCAGUUGUGUUUAAAGCAAUAGUUUUGUGUAACUGUGACAUAAGUGCAGGAAAUGUAUUUGGGCUUAAUUUAUCGCUGCCUAUCACUUCUGAACAAUUCACUGAAAGAUCAUCUAAUCACACAUUCAGCUUUAAAACAAACUGACAUUAUUCUGCGUUUACUACAUGAAUUCUUGGGUUAUGUUCAAACUUUAGUUCAAUUAGUUGAUCUCUUCUUAGUAGCCUACCUCAGACACCCUGGAGGCCAAAUGUGUGGAAACGUUAUCAUUUAUUUCACAUCAAUCAUGAUGGACCAUCAAUUUUGAAUUAAAAGAACUUGUGGUAAAAAUCGUGUUUUUGUGACGUAUUUAAACAUCAUAGUGUUUGUUGUUCUGCUGCC